AUGGAUACCUACGUAGCCAUCCAUGGCAAGAACAUAUCCCACAAUCCACUCUCCUCCACCCAAGCCAUGUCUAUCGACAAGCUCUUCCCGGCUCUCCUGGAGUGUUUUGGGAUCAUCCUGUGUGGAUACAUCGCCGGUAGGACAGACAUAAUCACCUCCUGUCAAGCUAAAGGAUUAGGGAACUUUUUGUCUAAAUUCGCCCUUCCGGCGCUGCUUUUCAAGAACAUGGUUCUGUUGGACUUUAAUAACGUGAUCUGGUCGUUCCUGUGGAGUAUCCUGAUAGCCACGGUGUCGGUGUUCGUCCUGGUGUGUGUUCUGACGCUCGCCGUGGCCAGUCCGGAGAGCAGGUACAGCAAGGCAGGACUCUACUCCAUCUUCGCUACGCAGAGCAACGACUUCGCCCUGGGGUAUCCCAUUGUGGACGCCCUGUACAGGAACACAUAUCCAGAGUACCUGCAGUACAUCUACCUGGUGGCUACUGUCUCCCUGAUGUUCCUCAAUCCCAUAGGAUUUGCCUUCUGUGAGGUCCAGAAGUGGAAGGACCACCCAGAGAGACAGCAGGGCAAGGUGUGUCUUAGGGGGUUGGGUUUAAGCAUGGUACUGAAGAACCCUAUAGUGUUCAUGGUGGUGGUCGGGAUCGUGUCCCACUUUGUCCUGGGCCAGAGGAUCCCUGCUGUGAUGGAGGAGUUUGUGGAUGGCCUGGCCAACUCCUUCGGAUGAGCAGCUCUAUUCUACCUGGGACUAUCUAUGGUGGGACAGGUGGGCAAACUCACCAGGUCUACUGGAGUAGCCCUUAUCCUGCUCAUCACUGCCAAACUGCUGGUGAUGCCUCUCAUCUGUAAGGACAUGGUCGACCUGCUGGACUCUACAGGUUCCAACAGCAGCAGUCUGAACCACUCCAGCCUGUCCAACUAUGCCUUUCUCUACGGGGUGUUCCCCCCUGCUCCCAGCGUAGCCAUCUACGCAUCACAGUACAACAUGGAGCUGGUGACAUCAGGGAUGGUGAUCAGCACGUUCCUGUCUGCCCCCAUCAUGUUCGUGUCAGCCUGGCUCCUGACCAUCCCCCUGAUGAACCCCAAGCCACUGGUCACUGAGCUGCAGAAUGUCAGCUUCAACAUCAGCAUCGUCAGCCUGGUCGCACUGGUGUGGACCAUCGCUGUCAUUCUCCUCAGCAAGAAGUUCAAGAGGCUCCCACACAUGUUUUCUAUGAACCUCUUCCUGGCACAGGUUAUUACAUAUAUAUCUUUCAUAUAG